UGAGAUAGUAUAAAUUAAUAGCCCUGAUUACUAAAACGAAGUACUACCAGUUGCAGAUAAAGAUCGCAGCAUGGCGGACGCGGAAAAAACAUUACGCGAUACUCUGGACGUAAUAUUGGACGGUAGAGGUUUUAAGCCGAGAGAAAUCACGGUUAAGCCAAUAGCGACAGGUGGAGCCAACUAUACGUCCACUUUGUUUAUUGUUAAUGUUUCUUCACCAGAUCAAGAGGAUCUGAACUUAUUCGGAAAAGUCGCCUGCGUUGGAGAGGCGAUGCGACCUCUAAUGCAUGCAGACUGGAUGUACAAAACAGAAAGAUUGUUCUACACGCAACUAGCUAAAGUAUUCCAAGAAAUUCAAGAAGAAAGAAACAUUCCUGCAGAACACAGAUUUGUAUUCCCCAAAUUUUACGGAUGCAACGGUAAUUAUGGUGAAGAAACAGUUAUCAUGGAGGACUUGGCUGCCGCUGGUUUCGAACCUUUUGACAGGUUAAAAUCCUUCGAUUGGGAUCACGCAAAAGUAGCUGUUGAAAACUUGGCUAAAUUCCACGCUCUGUCGUUCGCUUUUGAGAAAUAUAGACCUGAAGAAUUUAGAAUAUUAACGUCUGAUAUGAAAUGUGAGAUAGGCGGUUUGGUUGAAGGGAAUGAAGGGAAUGAAGAAACUAUGAAAGCUGUGUACGUGAAAAUGGUAGAGGGCGCUGUGGGGUUGGUAAAAGAAGAGUACGGGGAACGUGUACGGGAUUUCGCACUGACGCAUAAUUUGUGGGAAACGUUUUACAAGCCGGCUGGAAAGGCUGUUAUCGCACAUGGAGAUUAUAGAAUGAGCAAUCUGUUGUUUAGGAUACAGGAUGACACCCUCCAGUCCAUCGCGGUGGACUACCAGACAGUGCACGCGGGCUGCCCGGCCAGCGACCUCAUCUACUUUAUCUUCAUGGGCUCGGACGAGGAGUUUAGGAGACAACACUACGAGAAGCUUCUCGACCACUACUUUGCCAGUUUGGAGCAAGCCUUGGAAAGGAUGACCGUGGAUCUCGGAGUUUAUACGCGGGAGAAGUUCGAUAGUGAUAUGAAAGAGUUGCUGCCGUACGCGGUGCUGCUGGGCGUGAUGGUGCUGCCCGUGGUGACGGUGCAGGCGGAGGCCGCACCGCGCGUUGAUGGCGACGCGGACUUCAGCGGCUUUGUUAUGAAGCCCACCGAGCUGUAUGCACAGAGGUUCAGCGGAAUCGUCAACGAUUGCAUCCGAUGGGGCGCGAUUUAACUUUAAUCGCCUGUCAUUCUCCAGUAUGAUAAUAUCCAUGAGGAUUUUCCUCCUCCAAAGAUAAGAACCGCUUCAGUGAUUAUUAUUGUCAAGAUAGAAAGGUUAGCAAAGAUGUAUUUAUUGUAGUUAAGUAAAACUUAGAUUAAAUUUAAUUUAAUUAAGCACCUACUCGUAAGUUAAUAAAAUCUGUCUAUGGGCAUUAUGUGUGUAAUUACAAUAAUUGCAAUAUAAUUAAAAUUGCUGUAAGUAAUAUGUACUUAGUACUUUCAAUCUGUUAAGAAUAAGAUAACAUAUGAAAAUAAUAUGGGUAGCUGAUAAUACACCAGAACCAAUCAAUAUGUAUCUAUUGAAAAGUGUACAUAAUGGUCGACAUUAAAUAAAUAAGUUAUACUCUAUCAUUCUAUUAUGU